AUGAGUAAGGAUCAAGAAAAUAUUAAGUAUUUGAUUCAAAGGCCAAAAACACCAGUGAUCAAACCUCCGAUGCACCGUUCAAUUUUCAACAAAGCGAUUAAAAGGGAUUACAGGUUAAACAGAAACUGUCAUCAAACAAUGGGUUAUGCUGAAGUCAAGUUUAAUCAUCCGUCAAAGUUUUUAAAAAAGCAUACCAGAAUAGUGAAAAGACCAUUUGUCGGUAACAUUAAAAAAUCUUAUUAUCUUGGUUCUUCAGGUGCUUUAAAACCGUUGCUACCCAAUCAAAAAUGUAGUCAACAAUGUAACCGUUCACUCAAGUUUAGAGGAAAAAUCAAUAAUAUCAAGAGAAAUUUCCUGCAAGAAAACAUUGUUGACGUGGUAAGAAAGGUGCCGCCAUUGCCAAAGCACCGGGUACAGGACAGUCGGAAUGGACACAUAAUGGUUUUAGAUGAGGCAGGCCUAGAGCCCACGUACGUAUCCAAGAAGAGUUUUGGCAAAACUCCUUCGUACAUUAAGAAAAUAAAUAAGAAAAAUGAAAUGGAAAAACUAGCAGAGGUUGAACGUGUACAGGCGAUAAAACCACCGUUGCGCUUUUUGCCCGAAGAAGAGCGUAAAGAGUUAUUAAAAGGAUUGAAGGCCAAUUGGGGUGAAUUGUAUACAGAAUUUUUAUUAUUACCCAUGGUCACCGACUCGGUGCCAAAAAUUAAUCGAAAAGCCCGGAUUGAGAAUCAACUAAAUAAUUUAGAAAAAGAUAUCAACUUAUUGGAAAGAUACCCGUCCUUAUACGUGUGUGAUCACUAA